AUGUUCCGUAGCUUAAAAGAAAACGGCUACCAUGUCGCUUGCCUAGCACCACGAGGCGACACCUUCGCUCCAACCGUGACAGAACUAAGUGUCACUGAGUACGGUUUCCUAGAGACACCUGAGUUUGUACCCAAGUUUACUGGCGGUGGUAAUGAGAAGGACGAGAGUAUCUGGGGGCGGUUAUUUUACAAAGGGCUUCGGAAUCCGCACGAAGCACUAGACUACGACGACGCCGUCGUACGAUCAGCAUUGAGCUGGCUAGACUGUCCGCCCGAAGAUAAGCCUUGGGUGCUGUUCAUGCCGCUCCUCUUCCCUCACUGCCCUUUUCAGGUUGAGGAGCCCUAUUUCUCGAUGUAUGAGCGAUCUGACAUGCCUCCGAUCAUCUCCGAGCCAGAGAAGAAGACGGGAUACGAGCCUCGCUAUAUGGAGACGAUCCGUGAGCAGUACGGUACGGAUCGUGCUACGCCAGAGAUCUGGGCAGAGGUCAAAGCGACUUACUACGGCAUGAUUACAAGGCUGGAUGACCAGUUCGGGAAGAUUGUAAAAAAGCUCGAGGAUUCGAACUUUUGGGACAACACGGUCACUAUGUUCUUCACCGACCACGGAGAAUAUCUAGGCGACCAUGGUCUUGUAGAAAAGUGGCCGUCUGGCUUGUCGGACGCUCUUACACACGAACCGCUGAUCAUCGGUGGUGCUGGCAUACCAGCAGGAAAGGUCUCCGACAUUAUGUUUGAGAUGGUCGAUUUGGUCCCGACAAUCUUCGAGAUGGCUGGCAUUGGUGAGCAUUUUCCUCAUAACGGGAUCUCUCUUAUCUCGACGUUGCUGCGCGACACAAAGUCCCACAAGAAAUUCGCAUUCACCGAAGGCGGCUUUCUCACAAGUGAAGAACCUCUUCUAGAGCAGGCUCCCUAUCCGUACGACAUCAAGGCCGGCCUUCAACACGAGAAUACAGCCCUAGUCGGGAAAGCAAUCAGUAUCCGCAAUGAAGAGUGGACAUAUAUCUACCGCUUGUACGAGCCUGCUGAAUUGUAUCACAGACGAAAGGACCCACAAGAGAUGCAUAACCUUGCAGCAGAGCCCGAACACGCGCCAAUAGCGAACAUGCUUCAGGCUGAGAUAUUCAGGUGGUUGGUGGCUGGGUCAGAUUUCUUGCCUUGGUCAAAGGAUGACCGAUUUCCCAAGGUUGACAUGAAGUCACCAAGGAAGCAGCUAGAAGAGCGUUUGUUGAAGGCUGACCGGGUGCGAAGUAGUAUUUCUUGA